AUACAACACUUCCUGAAGUGACACACUGUGAAAAGUCUCAAAUCUGUGAAGAUGGACAUCUCGAGUAAAGCAGCCACACAACCUGUGAGCAGAGAAGAGAAGAGAAUAGUGCUGUUGGGAUCACACACAGAUGCCAAAGCUUCCUGUGGAAACAUCAUCCUGGGACAGGAGGUCUUCUCAGAAUCACAAGCAGAAAGAUACUCUGGUAGAGUGUUUAAUAGACGUCUGAUGGUCAUCAACACUCCUAAUCUGAAUGAUCUGGCUUUGUUUUCUGACGAACAUGACAUGAGAAGAUGUUUUCACAUGGUGUAUCCUGGUCCUCAUGCACUUCUUCUGGUUCUCAAGCCCGGCACAUUUACAUAUCACGAGAGAGACACUCUCAAGCUCAUUAACAUCAUUUUUGGUGCAGGUGCAUCAGAGUUUGUGAUUGUCGUAUUCAUGCAUGAAGACGAUUUGGAGUAUGUGAGUGUUAUUGACUCAACAGACAAUGAUGAAAUGGCAGAAGAGUCUCUGUCACACACCUGUAAAUGGCCAAAGCAUCAUCUAAAGAAAAAAGGAAAUCAAACACAGGUGGAGAAACUUCUAGAGAGCAUCGAGAAUAUGGUGGAGGAAAAUGGAGGUCAUUACUUAAAGAUUCCCGAGGAAAAGGAAACAAGACCAACUGGAGAAAAAAACACAGUUAACCAAACAUCAACCAAUCAGUCUCUGGGUGGACGUACAUAUACAGAUGUUUAUACAGUUAAUUUACGGCCCGUCUCCAAGAAUAAUCUCCUCUGUGACCAGUCCACAACAGCACGGCUUGAGUCAAAACCCAGAAAGUUGGAGCGAUCAAAUUCUACUGCAUGCAUGGAAAAAAGCCCAGACGGUAUCAGGAUUGUGUUGACUGGAAAAACUGGAGUGGGUAAAAGUGCAACAGGAAAUACUAUUCUGGGACAAAAAGUGUUUCAGUCACGAGCCAGAAUGUUUUCUGUGACAAAGCGAUGCCAGAGAGAAAAAGGAGAAAUCUUUGGACGAACAGUGACUGUGGUGGACACACCGGGACUUUUCGAUACAACCCUGGGCAAUGAAGAGAUCCAACAGGAGAUCAUGAGAUGUACUGAGCUUUCUGCUCCUGGACCUCAUGUGUUUCUGCUAGUCAUUGCUGUCGGCCCAUUCACACAAGAAGAGAGAGAAACUCUUCAACUCAUUCAGAUGACAUUUGGAAAGAAAGCCCACAGCUUCACUUUAGUGUUAUUCACACGAGGAGACAACCUUGGAGAUGAAAGCAUUGAAAACUACGUCCAGGAAGGUGAUCCACAAGUCAAGAAGCUCAUCGAUGAGUGUGGAGGAAGAUAUCAUGUGUUUAAUAAUAAAGAUAAAGACACCAAUCAGGUCUUCGGUUUAUUGAAGAAGAUUGAUAUGAUGUUAUGGAAAAAUGAUGCAAGUUUCUACAAUAACAAAAUGUUUCAGGAGGCCGAGAAAGCUCUCAGACUCAUUCAGCUGAAAAAAGAGAAAGAGUCAGAGAUCAAACAAGAGAUGGAGGCCAUUAAAGCUAAACAUGAGUCUGAAAUUCAAAAAAUUAAAGACAAGCUAGAGGAGGAAAAAGCAAAACGGAAAGUUAGAGAUAUUCUGCUCAUGGAGAAACAGUGGAGGAAUCUUCAUGAUGGAAGAAACAGAGAAGAGAGAGCAACAGCAAAUCCUGAACAAAUGCAAUAUGAACUUAUUUCUGAAGCCCCAUCUGAGAUAAAAGGGAAUGUUGAUGAAUAUUCUAAAACAGAUUUAGACAAAGAAAGAGAACCUGAAACACCACAAGGAGCAACAGGAGGAGAAACAGACCAACACAAAAAGAAACAAAACAAAUGGAGUGGUUUUGGAUCACUCAAAAAACUGAAAAGAAAACAAAGGGAAAAGAAUGAAAGGAGAGCACAUGAAAAUAAAGCGAUUGACGAAGAUAAGACAGAAGGAAUAGCACAUAGAGUAACUGAUCAGAUCAGCAAAGAUUCCGACUCUUUUAACCAAGAAAGACUCGAGAUGAACUCAGAAGACAAGACUGACACAAAGAAAGAAAAAGAAAACAUUGAUGUGCCCAAUAUACCUGAAGAGGUGAAGGACACAAAUAAAAAUAUGCUUCUGCUUCAGCAAUAUAAGGAUAUGGAGGAAUGCAGACAGAGGAUGGAGGAAAUCAAGAAAAGAUACAAAGAGAUUGAGGCUAUCAAUGCUGCAGAACUCAAGAAAAUGAAACAAAGGCAUGCCGAUAACAUUGCUGCCUGGGAAAGAAGACACGGGAAAAAAUGUGUUCUUCAGUAACCAUCACUCCUUUCCAGAUCUGUAUAUUCACUGAACCUAUAAAACACAAAACUCCUUAAUACAUUUAGCUUAAGUCAGUACUAGUAAGUAAACACACCUGACAGAGAUUAAAUAUAUUUAACCCUCUAAUGCACAGCAUUGGUCUAAAAAGAACAAACUGAGUUUUUACUUUUCUAUCCCCUCCAAAAAAAUUAUAAUGUAUGUAUUUCUCAAUUAACUUGUUUUUGAUCAACACAAAUCCAUAUUUUCCUUUCUUACUUUUUGAAAAAAGGGUAAAACUACC